CUCUCUUCUGCUGCUUUUGGUGUAGAUUUGCUCUUCUUUUUCUAGGGCUCUGAGAUGUAAUUUUAAGUGGUUUAUUUGUUGACUUUUUCUUCUUUUAAAGAAUGAACUCCAUGCAAUGAACUUUCCUCUUAAAUCUGCUUUCAUAGUGUCCCAGAGAUUUUGAUAUGUUGUAUCUGUGUUCUCAUUCCCCUCUAAAAUUUUUUUAAUCUCCUCCUUUUUUCUUUGGCAUCCCAUUGUUCAUUCAGUAGCAUAUUAUUUAGUCUCCAGGUGUUAGAGUGUAUUUUAUUUCUUAUUUUAUCAUUGAUUUCUAAUUUCAUUCCAUUAUGAUCUGAUAGAAUGCAGGGUAGUAUCUCUACUUUUUUUAUACUUGCUAAGAGUUGCUUUGUAGACUAACCCACAAAAUUAAAAUUAUCUUAUUUUAAACAAAGGUGCCAAAAACAUGCAUUGGAGAAAAAAUAGCCUCUUCAACAAAUGGUGCUGGGAAAACUGGAAAUCCAUAUGCAACAAAAUGAAAUUAAACCCCUAUCUCUCACCAUACACAAAACUCAACUCAAAAUGGAUCAAGGACUUAGGAAUACAACCAGAGACCCUGCAUCUAAUAGAAAAAAAAGUAGACCCUAAUCUCCAUCAUGUAGGAUUAGGCCUCAACUUCCUCAAUAAGACUCCCUGGGGCAAAAAUUAAAAUCAAGAAUCAAUAAAUGACAUGGACUCAAACUAAAAUGUUUCUUCUCAGCAAGAGAAACAUCUGUGAGGUGAACAGAGAGCCUACAUCAUGGAAGCAAAUAUUUACCCCUCACACAUCAGAUAGAGCACUAAUCUCUAGGGUAUAUAAAGAACUCUAAAAGUUAAACACCAAAAAAAAACAAAUAACCCUAUCAAUAAAUGAGCCAAGAAAGUGUGAACAGAUACUUCUCAGAAGAUGAUAUACAACCAAUCAACAAAUACAUGAAAAAAUGUUCAUCAUUGCUAGCAAUUAGAGAAAUGCAAAUCAAAACCACUCUUAAGAUUUCAUCUCUUGAGCAGUGUGAAGAAGAAGAGUCAAGAAUGACCCCUGGACCGAUCAAAGCCCUACGGGCAGCUGUAUCCCCACAUCCAGUGCCUGUGUCCUGCUGCCGUCACCACCAUGCCCAAGAGAAAGGCUGAAGGGGACGCUAAAGGAGAUAUCACCAAGAUGAAAGACGAACCACAGAGAAGAUCCACAAGGUUAUCUGCUAAACUUGCUCCUCCAAAGCCAGAGCCCAAGCCUAUAAAGGCCCCUGCAAAGAAGGGAGAGAAGGUACCCAGAGGGAAAAAGGGAAAAGUUGACACUGGCAAGGAUGGGAAUAACCCUGCAGAAAAUAGAGAUGCCAAAACAGACCAGGCACAAAGAGCUGAAGGUGCUGGAGAUGUCAAGUGAAGUGUGUGCAUUUUUGAUAACUGUGUACUUUUGGUGACUGUACAGUUUAAAAUACUAUUUUUGUCAAGUUUCAUAAAAAUGCAGAAUUUUGUUUUGCUUUUGUUUUAAGCUAUGUUGUUAGCACACAGAACACUUCAUUGUUGUUUUUGGGGGAAGGAGCAUAUGUAACUAGUAGAAUGUCUUCAAAGCUGGAAUGGUGUGGGGGAAAACACCUUUCCCUUCUAGUUUUGAGAGACUUCCUCUUUGUUCCCAAGAGGAGGGAUUACCUGAUGUUGGCACACAUGGCCAACUUGGCACAAAUGCCUUGUGGUAUGGAAAAACUCAAACUCAUUUUAUGUCCUCCUCUGCCUCUCUGCCAUCAGCAUAGACUUAAUUCCCCUAAACUCAGACCUGUUGGGACCUGAUUCCCAACAAUUGGUUUUACCAGUGUGUGGGGCAAUCUGGACUUUCCAGUGAUGUCAUUGAGAAUAGUGUCCCUCAGAUCAGCAGUUCCUUUUCUAGAUUGUGUAUCUUCAGAUUAAUAAUUUUUGCCAUUUCCAUUUCAUUUCCUGAAAGUCAGGAUCAGCUUGUGAAAAGUUGUUAAACAACAUGCUAAAUGUGAAAUGUCAACCCUCACUCUAAGCUUUCCCUAUUUAGAGCAUCAAAUGAAGACUUCAUUGGGUUUUAUAGUGGCUUUCUGAUUUUGGUAGUCCAUCCAAGAAGGGAGUUUGAAAGUUGUUGUGUACUGUUAACGAUUGUCUGCCCAUGUUCUGCCUGAAAUACCAUGAUUGUUUAUGAAAAGUAUCUUUAAUAGAACUGGAUACAGUUUGAAAAGAAAAAUUUCAACUCACUUCAGUCAGAAUGCAGCUAUUAUGCAUACAAACAACAAUAACUGUUGGCAAGGAUGUGGGGGAAAAAAGGUACACUCAUACACUGCUGGUGGGACUGUAAAUUGGUUCAGCCAAUAUGGAAAGCAGUACGGAGAUUUCUUGGAAAAUUGGGAAUGAAACCACCAUUUGACCCAGCUAUCCCUCUCCUCAGUCUAUACCCAAAGGACUUAAAAACAGCACACUACAGAGACACAGCCACAUCAAUGUUUAUAGCAGCACAAUUCACAAUAGCUAAACUGUGGAACCAACCUAGAUGCCCUUCAAUAGAUGAAUGGAUAAAAAAAAUGUGGCAUGCAUACACAAUGGGAUAUUACUCAGCAAUAAAAGAGAAUAAAAUCAUGGCAUUUGCAGGCAAAUAGAUGAAGUUAGAGAAGAUAAUGCUCAGUGAAGUUAGCUAAUCCCACAAAACCAAAUGCUGAAUGUCUUCUCUGAUAUAGUGGAAUAGGUAGAGGGAGCAUGGGAGAAAUAGAGAACUCUAGAUAGGACAAAAGGGUGGGAGGGA